GCUGCAAUGAAAGGUUGCUAUGGUGAUAGCAACAUUCCUUUUCUCUAUACGUGCUUAAAAUGUUUGUAUGAUGCAGUGGUUGGUUGGAAACCCUCUCGCUUGGGAGUCCUCAAUUUUUAUUCUUCAUACAUAAUCUUUACAUCAUGAGUAUGGAAGCAAACAGAAUUACACUUUUGGCAAUAAAGGCCUCCAAGUGAGCGGAUUGCCAACCAACUACUGCAUCAUACCAACACAAUAUUGUGUUUCACACUUCUCAAACUUACUGCACAUCUUAUAAGGGGAUGAUGAAUCAGUGUCAUUUACUUGUUAACCUGCUGCUGUUUUAUUCAACUUUUAAAUCCCAUUCAUAAUUAGACUCAACCAUUUCCAACUUUUCCAACUCUUCAUACUCCACCAAAUACAUCCAAAUUCAGUCUAGCAAGUUUAGCAUCAGAUUUUCAGCAGCCAGCAUUCAUGCCAUAUUUUGUCCUUUGAUAUGGUGACAUCAAAGGAUAAUUGCCAGUUCUAGAAUCCUACAGUGACAUCUUGUUGCCUAUGUCUAUUCACAUUUUUCUUUCAAUGACCAAACCUGCUGAGAAGAAGCAGCCCAAACCUGAGGCUCCUCUUGUUCUGUAAGAUCAAGAUGAGUGACCAGUGCAUGUCAUCACGAAAGUCCGGCUCAGUCUUCAAUGAGCUUCGCCUGGAGGGCAAAUUUUGCGACGCUGUCAUCCAAGUUCAGGAUGUUGAGUUUCCAAUCCACAGGAUCAUCCUCUGUGACUGCAGCUCCUACUUUCAAGCUAUCUUCGAACGCUGGAUGACCACAGACAAGAAGGUUUUUAACAUACCGGGCCCGUCUCCUGACAUCAUGCAGCUCAUCAUUGAGUUUGCAUACACAGACUCUGUUAAUGUGACAGAGGACAACGUACAGGACUUGGUGCUUGUUGCCGAUAUGCUCAAUGUAAUGGACCUCAUACAAGCCUGCUCCGAAUUCCUCUGUGAGCGGCUCCACCCAGAAAACUGCAUUGGCAUCUGGCAGUUAACCAAAGUCUGCAGCAGCUCUGAGAUGCAGUGCAAGGCCUAUCGCUAUAUCACCGAUCACUUUGAGGAGGUCUUUCUUUGUGAAGAGUUCCUGUUACUCUCUGUGCAAGAGCUCAACGAAAUCCUUGGUAGAGAUGAUCUCAACGUGAGGACGGAGAGUAUUGUGUAUGAGGCCAUCCUUCGCUGGAUCGCUCACAUACCUGAAGAGCGAAAGGAACACAUCGAUGUGCUUUUAUCAAAGGUCCGGCUUGCACCAACAACCUUACAGGGUGUUGCGAUCAAUGUGUUGAACAAUCAGGGGGUGUGGAACAACUCUGAGUGCAAGCAAAUAGGCCAAGAUGCCCUCCAAACCAUAUUGCUCAGGGACACCAAAAUACGGACUGCAGGUCCCUGUAACCCUUGUAUCCGUCCUCGUCUGCCUUAUGCCAUCAUGCUUGUUAGUGGAGGCUCGAGUGACAGUGGUGGAAUUGAGGCAUACAAUCCCCUCUCUGAUGUCUGGGUCAAACUUUCAAACAAGCUGAAACAUCAUCUCACUGUUCACGGCACUGCCUUCCUCGAUGGGUUCUUCUACUCUAUUGGUGGCUUUGACGGAGCGCAGCAUUUGAGCAGCGUCAACAAGUUGGACAUGAGCACACACACCUGGCAUGAGGUGGCACCCAUGCACAUUUGCCGCAGUUAUGCAAGUGUAACAGUUCUGAAAGGAUUUAUCUAUGCCUUGGGAGGCUUUGACGGCUUUUCUCACCUCAGCAGUGCAGAGCGCUUCAAGCCCGAAACAAACCAGUGGACACGUAUUUCAAGCAUGCACGAGCGGAGGCGCAACGCCAACUGCACAACACUCCAUGGCAAGAUUUACAUUUGUGGUGGUUCCAAAGUUUUGGUGUACCUGCAGUCAGCCGAAUUAUACAAUCCAGAGACCAACCAGUGGACAAUGAUCGCCCCAAUGAUCAGCAGGCGCAGUGGACUUGGAGUUGUUGCGUUUCAAGAUCAAAUCUAUGCAGUUGGUGGUUUUAAUGGCAAUGAAUAUCAACGCAGUGCUGAGUCCUAUGAACCCUGGACCGACUCCUGGCAGGAAGUGUGCCCCAUGUUGAGCCCCCGCAGAGACUUUGGCCUCGAAGUUAUCGCAGGCCGGAUCUUUGCUGCUGGCGGCUUCACCGGAUUAAAAAACACCAAGAAGGCCGAAGCCUAUUGCUCAGUAACAGAUUCGUGGACUGAGUGCCGUGGUAUGAAGAUCUCCCGCAGUGUCCUGAGCAGCUGUGUUGUGUACGGAAUCCCCAAUAUGGCCGAUUACACUUUCACACCUGACCCUCCUCGGCUUUUACACCCGAACUGAUUUUAAUACAUUUCCCUCUGCAAGACUUUAAUGUGAUUUAAUACAUUUAUUUGUGCAUUAAAUUGCUGUUGCUCCCCAACGUUUGUGAAGAGUGCCACUAAAUAAUGUUUAUAAUUUGAAGAGUUAGUGAUGUGAGGUCUCGACCUUACUAUGUAAAGUGCCUUGAGACGAUGUAUGUUGUGAUUUGGCGGUAUACAAAUAAAAUUUAAUUGAAGUGA